GACUGGGUGACGUCUUAGUUUUGAAUGACGUAGAAACAGGAAGUACUCUGUGGCAGACAGGCGACUACAGUCAUCACACAGGGCUGUAUGUCAGUACUUAGAUUCACUACCAAAGUCAUAGAUUAAUAGUAGUAUUUUUUUUUAAAUAAAUAAAAGUGUGACAAUGGGGGGUAAGAACAAACAGCGGACUAAAGGAAAUGUCCGGCCGUCAAGUAGUGGUCGUGCUGCUGAGGUACUGGCUCGGGAGGGCGGUAUCAUUCCGGGGUUCGUGGGCUUUGACACAACGGUGACCUCGGAGCUGAGUUAUGUUCCCGCUGUCCACGGAGCGGAGGAGAUAGACCACCUGGUAGACGCUGACUUUCGCCUGGUGCUUAGGAAACUCUCCAAGAGGGAUGUUGUCACCAGACUGAAGGCUGUGCAGGACUUUGGGGCUAUGUGUCAAGAACGGGACGCCUCUGUUGUUAAAGGGGUGCUGCCAUACUGGCCAAGGAUUUACUGCAAGAUAGCAGUGGAUCAUGAUCGUCGUAUCAGGGAGGCUACACAGCAGGCUUUUGAGCAGCUGGUGCUGAAAGUGCGUCGGAGCUUGGCUCCCUUUCUGAAGAGCUUGAUGGGACACUGGAUCCUGUCCCAGUGUGACACUUACACACCUGCAGCCUCUGCCGCGUGCCAGGCCUUCCAAGCUGCAUUCUCACCCAAUAAACAGCCUGAGGCUCUCGGUUUCUGCAAGGAUGAGAUCCUUAAUGUGCUUCAAGACAUUUUGCUGAAGGAAACAGCAGACACACUCAGUGAUCCUCAGAAUGUGACAGUAGAGGAAAGAGAAGCCAAAUAUUUGCGUAUGCUGACCAGCUCUCUGCUGGGGAUAAAGAGACUCCUCUCUCUGCUCAUUCCGAGUGACAGAGAGACUUUUGAGCAAAGACUACAGCAACUAAUAAAUUCUGCCAAGUUUUGGAAAUACAGCAAACACAAGACACCACAGGUGCGAGGGGCCUUUUUUGAGAUGCUGUGUUCUCUGUGUGAGUUCACACCAGCUCUGGUUCAGGCUGAGGCUGCACGACUCUGCCCUGCUGUUCUCCUCAGCAUCGAUGACACUGAUCCCGUCGUGUUGCCUCCAGUGUGGGAAGCUGUUCUCCAUGUUGUGUCUAUGAUACCUGACUGCUGGACACAUGUAAAUGCUAAGAAGGGUUUCUUGCCUAAACUUUGGGCUUUACUCAAAGAUGGUGGCAAAGGCAUGGCUAAAGCCCUUCACCCUAAUUUAAUGCCACUUCUCAGUAAACUGCCGCAGCAAGUCACAGACCCAACCCUGGACUUUUACACCACCUUCUUCACCUCUCUCACACAGGGAAUUUCAAGUGAGCGUGCUGCAACCAGUACAUCAGAAAGUGCCGUCAUCGUGACUUCUGUGGUGGAGUGCCUGAGGUACUGCAUCCUACACAAUGCAGAACAAGAGGAGAAUCAGAGGAAAAUCAGGACCAUGCUGAUUUCACAGCAGCUCCUGCCUCUACUGGAAAAAGCCCUUGAACAUCCUUCUCUCCAGAAUGGUCCUCUCUUUGUUCUGGUGACUGAAAUGCUCAUUUCCUGGGAAAAGAGGGCAGCUUCAGCCAGUGAAAUUGAAACAAACAUUAGUCAGGGCAUCUUUCAAGCCCUUCUGACAGACUUUUGGGAGGAGCUUGGCCUCCUCUUCUUACGUCAUGUUGACACAGAAGAAGCAGAUCAACAGGCUUUGGAAGGAGUAGCCACCAUGCUGCAGGUGAUGCAUUGCCCCGAGAGAGUAAACAGAAAGUGCAUCCAGAAAAAGAAAUCUGUCAAGAUCUGUUUCUCCAGGCCUGAGGGCGAUGAGAAAAGUGGGCUUGAGGCGAAUGAUGCUGAGAAGCCCGUGCAGACGGUGUCAGACACUGGGAAUGAGAAGACACUUUGUUCUCUACAGACCCAGCGUUUAGAGGAUGUUGUUUGCCAGCUGGCGCAGCUGUGCCUGGUGCAUGUAAAUGAGAGAAACUCAGAGAGACAUCUUGUUUUUCUUUCACUCCUCCUUCGCUCCUUCCACACACCCAGGGUCUUCAGUGCGCUGGUCGAGUUGGAUGAGACAACGCCAAAGGAGAGUGAGCGGAGAGUUGACGUGAAUUUAAAAAAUCCUGCGGUGCAGUUUCUGCUUGAAUGGGUGGUGCUGUGGCUCGCAGAGAAGGGACGCAAAGACACGGAGCACCUGGUGGAGAUGAUGUUCAGCUCGCUCCACUGCUGCAGCCAACAGGAAAUGACCAAAAUUCUCAACCACAUCACCCUGAUUGACUUAGACUGGAGAAUUAUCCUGCAAGUUAUACAGAGAGCCUGUGCAGAUGCUCGGACUCUUAAAAGCUGCAGUGAUUGGCUGAAAGGGUCAGUCCUGGGUGAGCAGCUCCUGGGAUUGACAGAGGAGCUCUGCAAGGUGGGACGUGCUUCAUCUUCUACAAGCAACCACAGUUGGACACUUAUUAGUUUGGUCCUCUCUCAGCAUCACAACAAUGAGUCUCUGAUAGGAGAGGUGUACAUGGAGAAGAUCCUGGAGAAACUCCACGCUACUCUCUCUGAGACCAAGAGUCUGUCAGACGCAGGGAACAUGGAGCCGCUGGUCUCCUUCAUCUGUGACGUAGCCUCCACUUUUUUCUCCUCGGUACAAGACUGUAUUCUACUGCUGUCUGCAGAGGAACUCCUGCUCAGUGUAUUCCAGCUCACAGCCCAGGACCAGUCUCAAACUCACCUGACUGACUCCCUGUUAGAUAAACUAAGGAGAGUGUGUGUCGCUGGGACUCGAUCGUUGUUCCAGAACUCUGAAUAUGAGGUGAAGGAAGGAGGUUUCCUGCACAGUGUGGCAGUGUGGGUGAAAAGCCGACUUCUCACUGUUUCUCUAGACAUUAAAAGUUUGGAGGCUCUGGUUUUGGCUGUAGAGAAUCUGGCUGAGACAAUUGUUUCUGUCUGUGGUGAAAGUUCCUCGUUCAUCCUUCAACUCUUCACACUGUUGAUGCCCAGUCAGGCAGAAUGGACACGAGUCCGACAGGCUCUGCCUCCUCAGUGGGUCAAGACACCUCUACUGCACAGUCGUCUCAGAGGCGUUUUUGAACACUCCACCAUAGACGUGUGGAAGUUCAGAGGCACCAGUGGGCUGCCGGCCCAUCUGUGUAGCUGUGCCCUGUUGGCCACUGUGGCCAGGACGUUUGCGGCCCAACCUUACAAUGAAGCAAAAACACAGCGUCUUUGUCACCUGUCAUUGAUUAUAGUUACACCUUCAGAGUUUCAGUACGCUCUUCAGUGGUGUCAGGAGGUUGUAUGCAGCCUUCCUCUGGUGUCCUCCUACCACAAACUUCUGACUGACUGUGGGCUGUCAGACGGGCUACACAACCUGGUUCCAAUGAAUAGUCUGCUGCAGAUAUUAUACUCAAGGUCAAUAGAAGAAGGUGGUCUGUGGUCUCUGACUCUAGAAAACUACAUCCACACCAACAACCUGGCAAACACUAACAGUGCAGCUUUGCGACAGCUUUACAACACAGAGGAAAGUUGGUUCCCAGUUUCUCAGAGCAAACUUAGCACGCUGCAGGUGCUCUGCCCGACCAUGACGACCAAAGACAGAGAGAUUCUCGUAACUCUGGCCACGGCUGCAAUCAUUAACUGGCAGGAGGAUGAUGAUGUUUAUGGCUGCCUGGUGACACUGAUGUGUUGCUUAAAAGCCAAAACGGAAGUAGAGCAAGAGGUUCUGCAGGCUGUUUUGGCCACAAUGAUGGAGUGGAGGAAUAGUCGGGAGGACUGGUUCCUCUUUGGCAGUGAUCUAUUCACAGCCUCUGCAGAGCAGCUCAACCGUUCUGUGGAGAUGAUGCGUUUCCUGUCCUGGUUGGUGACAGACUGUCCCACUAUUCUGGGCAGCAGCCAGUGGGACUUUGUGCUCUGCUCCAUGUUGGCCUGGUUGGAGACCAUCAGUGAGAACGUGAGCAGUUUGUGGAACCCGUGGGUGCAGCUGUUUGCGUGUGAGAACGCUGUGCUGAUAGUGAAGUUGAAUCAGUUUUUUGCAGCAGUUUCACCUGAGCUUCUGGAGAAACUGCCUCCAGAGCUGAAGGCUGAGUGGACAGACUUCUUUGUGGAGGGAAUCUACAACCUGCUGUUGCCUCUGCCUCUGAGUAUCACAGAUGCCUUCCCUGAGCCGGAUGAUUCCACGUUCCCUCUCUCGGUGCUGCAGUCACUUGGUUUGGCCCUGACCUACAUUCCAGCAGAGCAUCUGGUCAAAAACACACUUCCUCCACGGUUCAUAGCGGAUCAGACGACAAACCUGCCAGAGUCGCUGCAGACGCUCCUCAAUACCCUCUGUCCUCUGUUGUUAUUCAAGGCCAGAUCUCUGCAGAUCAUCGUCUACCAUCUAUUGGAAAAGGUGAUGCCCCAGCUGCCAGAGUGUGAUGGAGAAGGAGACAACAGCAGGACUGAAGAUGAUAGGGAGGAACCCUGUCUUUCUCCUCCAGCUGCUCUGAUGUCCAUCCUGUCCACCUGUGAGGAGCUCUGUGACAGUAUCCUGGCUGCAGUUGACGUAGGAGAGUUUGCAGUGGUCCAGCCUCUGAGUAUGGAACACUCUUGCAUUCUGGGAUAUCUGCUGACCUGGAAACUGCUUCUUACUUUUUUCAAAUCUUCACCAUCCCAUCUUCGUGCACAUUACGCCCAGUACCUGAGGAGUAGCUGUUCCUUGGACAAACUCCUCCUGCAUCUCUUCAAACUCAUGCCUGAGAAUCCAGUUUAUCCCGGCCAGGGUGUGGAGACCAAGGAGACCAAGACCUUCUUCACAGAGAGUCUGUCUCUGUCUGUGGACAAAAGUGACAGCCUUGACUGGGAGCUCCCUCACCUGGCGUGCAGUGUGUACUACAGCACAGUGCAGGACCUGCCUGCCAUGGUGCGACUGUGGUGGAACAGCCGAGAGAAGAGAGUGAGCUCAGCUGUGGAGAAGUUCACCAUCAAAUACAUCAGUCCUGUUCUCUCAGCUCAGGAGAUCUCCUCUGUUCAUGCCAGCACGCAGAUGUUUGACAGCAUGACGGUAAAGGCCCGUUCUGCAGCCAGGGAAGUGAUCGCCACCUAUUCCGUGGACGACAUCUUCAUCGAGUUGGUGAUUCAGCUGCCACAGAACUACCCACUGGGCACCAUCUGUGUAGAGAGUGGGAGACGUGUGGGUGUGGCCGUACAGCAGUGGAGGAACUGGAUGCUGCAGCUCAGCACCUACCUCACACAUCAGAACGGCAGCAUCAUGGAAGGCCUGGCUCUGUGGAAGAACAAUGUGGACAAACGCUUUGAGGGAAUCGAAGAUUGCAUGAUCUGCUUUUCAGUUAUCCACGGCUCCAACUACUCGCUGCCCAAAAAGGCUUGUCGGACCUGCAAGAAGAAGUUCCACUCUGCAUGUCUGUACAAAUGGUUCACCUCCAGCAACAAGUCCACCUGUCCCCUCUGCAGAGAAACCUUCUUCUAACUCAAGACAGUUGUUUCUUCAAAACAUCACUUCCUGGAAGGCUUUUGACAAUCAUCCCUGUUGUUGUCUGAUGUUUUUAACACAACAUCAUAGGUGAUGAUGAUCUCUCAGUAUUAUGACUAAUGCUGGUUUAGAUUCACAGGUAGAAGUUGCUGCAAAUCCAGCAGAGUGUUAAAGUUUGUUGCACAACAAACUGCUGCAGUUUUCUUUUUUUUUAUCUCUGUCUUGCCUUUAAACUUUAAAGUGAACUUAAUUUAUGUUUGGAAACAUUCAAAUGUGUUAAGGAAGCUGAAUCACAAACCUGUAAAGACCAACACUGUUGAGCUGCUGUAGUCAGAGAAAACAAACGGUUUUAUUCAUUCAAUACCAAAGAUGAAGUUUCAUAGGUAUUUCCUAAUAUUUAGGAGUUGUACAGAGAGAUUGUCUGAAUACUGACAUGUUGACACUCAUUGUGGUAUCACUUGUAAAAAGAAAAGGAAAUGUGCAGAGAACGUGUUUAAGUUGAUUGAACUUAUGAAUAAGUCUCAUUACAGUUUAGUUCACAACCAUUAAAA